CUCGCAUCCCGCAUCCCGCAUCCCGCAUCCCGCAUCCUCUCGCGCGACCUUGUCACCAUCAUCAAGGCUGCCUACCUACCUACCUACCUACCUACCUGAAAGUACCACCCACGACGUGGUUGGUGGCCGUCAUUUUCUCCAAGCAACAAACAGGCCGCCCAUCCAGCCAUGGCGUCCCAUAAGCUGACCCUAGGCGUGCCUCAGUGGUGUGCGAACUAAUAAGACGGGCAGCGAGCUAGUCAAGAGCCUUUUGGGCUGUCGGCCUCCGCUCGAGGGAUAUUAAAUGUUACGAGGUACAUUGUUCAGCUGCCCGACUAUUCCAUACCCAGGGCCAACCACAACAACAACAACACCAACAACAACACCAACACCAACACCAGCUAUAGGCGACCUGUUAUUGGCGACUCGACGCUCUCGGGACUAGCCAUGUCGCUGAUCGAGAACCUGUCCCAUCUGGCCUCUCUUCCCGCGCCUCUGCCCCCGGCCCCGGAGGGCGAGGUCUUCACCAAGGAGCAGUGGGACACUCUCUUCUCGAUCCUCGAAGUCUUCGUCCCGUCCAUCCCCAACACCACCUCAUCGACAGAGUUCGACAAGGCGCUGGCCAGGCUGAAGCCGUAUCAGCCCGAAGGUCUCUCCGAGGAUGUGGCACGAGCAUAUCUGUCCGAAGACGCGGUCUCAGAUCCCGACUUCCGACAAGGCGUGGCCCGAAAGUUCAAGCUCUACGUUCCUCCCUCGGACGCGCAGGGACUGGGCUUUGUUCUGUCCCUGUUCAAUACCACCGUGGGGUCCUACAUCUUGACGGGGUACACCACGCCCAUCCACAAACAGGACCUCGAAACCCGGUCCAGAAUCGUCUGCCAGUGGUCCGUGGCGAGGUUGUCUCUCCUGAGAGCCGUGCACAAGUCCCUCAGCGGCUUAGCGAGGCAGGUUUGGCUUGCUACGUCUCCCAAUCUGUACCGCAUGCUCGACUUCCCCGCCAUCCCCAAGCACAUCGAGCGCAAUCCCAGCUACGAUUUCCGAUUCCACGACUUCGUCUCUCCAGCGACGCCCACGACGCUCUCGACCGACGUUGUGAUCAUUGGAUCCGGCUGCGGCGCCGGGGUGGUGGCCUCACAUCUGGCCCGUGCCGGCUUGAAAUGCCUGGUCCUCGAAAAGGCCUAUCACUUCCCCUCCACACACUUCCCCAUGUCCGCGUCCAGCGCGGGGGAGCACCUGAUGGAGAACGGCGGCAUGUUCGUCUCGGACGACGCCUCGGUGGGCAUCUUGGCCGGCAGCACAUUCGGCGGUGGUGGCACCGUCAACUGGUCGGCCUCGCUGCAGCCUCCGCGCCCCGUGCGCGAGGAGUGGGCGGCCGACCACCUCCCGCACUUCCUGGGCGCCGAGUACCAGGACUGUCUCGACACGGUGUGCGAGCGCAUGGGCGUCGCCCGGGCCACCGACCCCGAGGCGCUCGGGAAGAUCGAGCUCAACUUUGCCAACCAGACGCUCCUCGAGGGCUCCCGCCGCCUCGGCAUCGCCGUGCAGAUUGUGCCCCAGAACACGGCGUCCCGGCGCCACUUCUGCGGUUACUGCACCUACGGAUGCGCUGGCGCGACCAAGCAAGGGCCCGCGAACUGCUGGUUUCCCGACGCGGCGGCCCACGGCGCCGAGUUCGUCGAAGGCUGCUGGGUCGAGGAGAUUGUGUUCUCCGAGAAAGACGGGGUCAAGACGGCCACGGGUGUCAAAGCCAUCUGGACAUCCCGCGACCGCAAGACGACGCGACACCUCCGCAUCUCGGCCCAACGGGUCGUCCUGGCUGCCGGGACGCUGCAGUCGCCCCUGGUGCUCCUGCGCAGCGGCCUCAAGAACCCUCACAUCGGGGCGCAUCUGCACCUCCACCCGACCAGCACGGUCUGGGCGACGUGGCCGCAGCGGACCAACCCGUGGGAGGGCGCCAUCCUGACGGUCGCCAUGACGGGGCUCGAGGACCAGGACGGCCAACACCACGGGCCCAAGGUCGAGGUGAUCUGCUCGACGCCGGGGUUCGGCCUGCUCACAGUGCCGUUCCGCCCGCAAUACGCACUCCUCCAUGACAAGGACAAAGACAAGGGCAAGGACAGCAGCAGUAGCAGUAGCAGUGGCGCCCUGUCCGCGGCCGUCGAGUACCGGCUCAACACGGCCAAGCACGGACACUCGACGGGCCUCGUGUGCAUCACCCGCGACGCCGACACGGGCAGGGUGUACCUGGACCCGAAGGACGCGACGCGGCGCCGCCCGCGGAUCGCGUACACGCCCUCGCCGCGCGACCGCCGGCACCUCCUCGCAGGCAUGGUGGGCGGCAUGCAGGCGGCCUUCGUCAUGGGCGCCGUGGAGAUGGACUCGGGCCACCCAGCCGCCGAGCGCUGGGUGCGGCCCUCGCACGUGGACCCCAAGGCCACGCCCGCCAUGGACGACCUGUCCUUCGCGGGCUUCCUCGCGCGGGUCCGCGACCUGUGGCUCGCGCAGCCGGAGCCGUGCACCGCGGGGUCGGCGCACCAGAUGGGCUCAUGCCGCAUGGCGUCGUCGCCCCGGACGGGCGUCGUCGAUGCGACGGGCAAGGUCUUCGGCACGGAUGGCCUGUACGUCGCGGACGCGAGCGUGUUUCCCUCGGCGAGCGGCGUCAAUCCCAUGGUCAGCACCAUGGGCAUUGCCGAGUGGAUUGCCAGGGGGAUCGUGAGAGAGGUGACGGAGGCGGCGGGCGAGAGAUAGGGGAGAUGGACUGGAAAAGAUAAGUCAAGGGAUUGUUCGAUACAUAUACACACCAUCACGAUGUACUAAGAUGGAGGCUCAGUGCCGUGGCCACCAGCUCAUCCGAGAGAUUAGAGCUCGAGAGGGUAAUUGGAUUUACUCAUCCUUGUUUGUAGUUUAAGAACGGCGGCGAUGAGGAUGGACGGCAGCGUGGCCAACAGCAAAUCUCGUCGUAACCCCAAGAGUCGGGAAGCACCAGGGAGCGCAAGUCUGCGAGUGUUUCUGCCUGUGAUACAGUGGUUUCUGUGUCUGCUUGCGACUAUCUAGGAUAU